CUUCUGCUGUUGCUGCUGCUUCGGGUUUAUGUGGAUUGCUGUGGGGACAUCAAGGUGCUCUGGCUGAAUCAUGAUGGUCCAUUGCGCUGGCUGCGAAAGGCCCAUCUUGGACCGCUUUCUGCUCAAUGUACUGGACCGGGCCUGGCACGUCAAAUGUGUCCAAUGUUGUGACUGCAAAUGCAACCUCACAGAGAAGUGCUUCUCCAGAGAAGGCAAACUCUACUGCAAGACCGACUUCUUCAGGAGGUUUGGUACAAAGUGUGCAGGGUGCUCCCUAGGAAUCUCUCCCAGUGACCUAGUGAGAAAAGCCAGGAACAAAGUAUUCCACUUGAAUUGUUUUACCUGUAUGGUCUGCAACAAACAGCUCUCCACCGGGGAGGAACUCUACAUCAUAGACGAGAACAAAUUCGUCUGCAAAGAGGAUUAUGUGAGCACCAGCAGCCUGAAGGAGAGCAGCCUCAACUCAGUAGAUCAUGUGAAUGUUAGCCUCCUGUGUGAAUUGGAUAAUGGAACAUUGCCUGUUUCUUCUUGUACAGACAGAAGUUUGUCUCCAGACCUUCAAGAUCCCGUACAGGAUGAAAAUAAAGAGACAGAUCACUCCACAUCUUCAGAUAAAGAGACAACCAAUAAUGAGAAUGAGGAGCAGAACUCUGGUACCAAAAGAAGAGGACCAAGGACCACCAUAAAAGCAAAGCAACUAGAGACCCUCAAGGCAGCUUUUGCAGCUACACCCAAACCAACAAGGCACAUUCGUGAGCAAUUAGCCCAGGAAACAGGACUCAAUAUGCGGGUGAUUCAGGUUUGGUUCCAAAACAGAAGAUCCAAGGAGAGAAGAAUGAAACAGCUGAGUGCUUUAGGUGCACGAAGGCACGCUUUCUUCAGGAGCCCAAGACGUAUGCGUCCAUUAGGAGGAAGGCUGGAUGAGUCAGACAUUCUUGCAUCUGGCCCUUACAGCUACUAUGGAGAUUACCAAGGGGAUUAUUAUGGAAGUGGAAAUUAUGACUUUUUCCCUCAUGGGCCUCCAUCCUCCCAGACACAGUCUCCAGCAGAUUCCAGCUACCUACAGAAUUCAGGGCCUGGCUCUACUCCUCUUGGCCCUCUUGAACCACCACUAGGUGGUCACCACCCUUCGGAAAACCAAAGAUAUGCGGACAUGAUAUCUCACCCAGAUACACCCAGCCCAGAGCCUGGCAUGACUGGGUCUUUGCAUCCCAUCACUGGAGAAGUAUUCAGCAGUGGUCCAAGUCCUCCAUUUUCUAUGUCUAGCAAUAGUGGGUUUAGUGGUCCUUUACCCCAUCAGAACCCUGACAUUAAUGAGGGCACAGUAUGGUAAUAAACAGCAAAUGAAUGUACUGUCUUUACAGACUACCAUACACAUUCCUUUGAAUUUGAUUUCAUAUUUUGAAGUUGAUUGGACAAAGACUUGAUCCUACAAAGGGUAGAAGACAAAAGGACCAGGAGCACCUUAUGCUCCGCAACUUAAUUUGCCCUGCUGAGCUUAAAAUAAACAUUUUUUCUGACAUCUUGGCUUAAGAGAAAAACCAAAAGCAAGUAGUAUUAACAAAAACCAAAAGCCGCCUCCAUGACA